AUGCUUCACCGGAUUCCUUCGCCAUGGGAAAGAUCACAUGAGUGGUUCAUCAACCACCAGUCAUUCAAGUCAUGGAUUGAAUCGCAUGGCCAUCGUGUCCUUUGGUUGCAGGGUGAACCUGGCUCUGGCAAAACCGUGCUAAGCAAAGCAGUGGUUCUCCAUCUCAACAGACUUAGUGAGGGUGAAUCGAACGCAGCUAUUGUACGCAAACCAUUGUACUUCUUGAAUGAUGGCAGCGAUCCUGCCACUCAAUCUAGCAAGUCAUUUGUUUGCUCUAUCUUAUACCAAAUCUUGAAAGAUAGCAAAACUGCAUUCACCAUCAAAUACCUGGAGGAUAUCGAAGAUUUUGAUCUAUUUGCUCGGAGGCUGGAUGAGGAUAGUUUAUGGAAGUGUCUGUCAUCAAUCAUUAAGCGGAGCCGUGGUGUCAUUUUUCAGUUCGUGGUUGAUGCCAUAGACAAAUUUGAUCCUGUCCUAGAAACCAACAGCGUAACUUUACUGGAGCGACUCGAGAGACUGCUGGCUGCAGAUGUGAGCGACCACAUGAGGUUGCUGAUCACAGAACGCAAAAUGCCAGAUGAAAAGUUUUUGGGACAUGCAAGUACCUCUAUUAUCAACCUAAAAAAUGAGAGCACUCGUCAAGCAGUUCAAGUGUUUACUCAUGCUCAAGUUGGAGGCCACUUAGAUAAUACGAGAUCAAAUCCGCUGGUCGGAGCUCAAGUUGAAGAUGAGAUCAUCGAAAUAUCAGGUGGAAACUUCCUUAUGGCGUCACUUACUUGGAAGUGGCUUUCGAAUGAAGCUCAAGUCUGGAUAGGAGACGACAACAAACUUCCGCUUAAGCAAGUCUACCAUCUGCCAUAUGAUUUGGAAACAUUCUAUUGCGGCCUACUCAACAUGCUACCUGUGGAGUGGAGGGAGGAGAUCCGGCGAGCAUUUGCCGUUCUGCGCGUUAGUUCUGAGAGACUUUCGUCUCGACAACUUUCUCUAUUUGCUACGAUCUGGAAAUUUGGUUGCAGUACCUCAAGCUUUGAUCCCAGAGCUGUGGAGGAUGUGCGGUCUAGAUUUGAAACCUUUCUCCACCAGCGUUGCGGAGAUUUCGUCCGCAAGAAUGAAAAUGGGUUGGUCGGCUUUGCUCAUCAAACUGUGAAGGAUUUGUUCAGUGGUCAAUCAAAAUCAGCGGAAAAUGCGAGAACCUUGAACCAAUACACCAUGUCCGAGUCAGACGCUCAUUCCAUACUGUUCCAGAUGUGUAUGAGGGUUCUACAAGCAGAAUCGAUACUACUUACAGACGAGGAAAUAAAGUGUAUUAUCUCACAUUCAAGAAACGAAGCCAAUGAAUUGAAAUUACCGACCACAAGAUGGUACUACAAGAUAUCAAUUUGGAAAUCUAAUAUCCAGAAAGAAAGCAAGACAUCCUGCCUACUAUAUGCUUUGAUGAACUGGUUUGAGCACUAUAUGAAAGCUACACCCUCCGUGGCGCUGGAUCUGGAAGUCGCCCAAUGCUUACAGCUAUCGAGGUUUCAUAUGCUUUGGAUGGAGAUGACGGAGAUGGAUGAGUUCACCUCGGAAAUGAUCAAAUUUGCGUCAUUCCCGCUAAUGAACGCCAUUUCGCGUGGUGACUCCGGUAGGCUCAUAAGAGCGAUAAUUGAGUCUGGCUCAGAGGUAAAUUUUCUGGGCCCUCGGGGCAUUACCCCCCUGAGUUGGACCAUACUAUGUGACCGGCAAGAGGCAUUCUUGGCUCUGAUGCGUAGUGAUGCGCUGUCAGUGAAUUAUGGAAACCCAUCGCAGUCAACUGCUGUACAUUAUGCAGCCAUGAGCAAUAAUCCAUUCUACAUCAAUUACAUGGUGAAAGACUCUCGAGCUAAUCUAAAUUGUCGAGGCGAAUACCACACAACACCUUUAUUGGAAGCCAUACGCCACGGGCAGCUGGGAUACGUCCUUCUGCUUCUAGAACAACCGCAUAUUGAUGUCUGGGCAAAAGAUAGCAUGAAUAGAAACGCUCUAACACUUGCCUUACAACGCCCAAUGUGGGAGGAUGUGGUGUUGAGGAUUAUGAGAUUGGACUGGAGUCGAGCCAUGACAACGAUGCCUUUCGAUGUCGAAAUUUUGGAAGUUGUCCAAAAUUGGGGUUGGCAUCAUGUCGAAGAUGAGCUUCUGAGUAGGAACAGUCACAUUCUAUUGCAAGUCGACAACUAUACAGGACGCAAUCUCGUUAGCGCUCUUGCCUAUCACGGACGUCGUGCAGACUUAAUCCGUUGUAUCACUAAGCUCUCUUACGACGAGGUUAUAAAAGUCGCGACUUGUGGGAAAUACAAUCUUUUGCAUUUGUGUGCCAAUCAAGACUGGCAUGAUAUCGUGGGAGGAUUUGUAACCAAUUUCAACUUACGCCCGGUGGCAUGUGAUCACGCCAAUCGCACGUUGCUUCAUUGGGCUUUAGAUUACGAUUGGCCUAUGAGCGAGAGCGAUCUUCAAAUUCUAAUUGCAGGUAACAUCAACCAGAGAGAUAAUAACGGUAUGACUGCGCUACAUUUAGCUAUUGCUAAGCGCAACAUAAAUGUCGCCCGAUGGCUUGUCACAGCGCAAGCUGAUAUCUUUGCACGAGACAAAAGAGGAUUUACACCGGCACAUCUAGCCGCAAAUGAAGGCUACAGGGAAGGUGUUGAAUUUUUCAUGAAUUUGGCGAAGUACGAUUACGGUCGGACAAAGGAAGGAUCCACUAUGGUUCAUCUGAUAUCGCUAUGGCUCGAUGGCUCGCUUCUCAAACAAUUUGUGGAGAGUAGAACUACCUCUGUGAACUCAAAGGACCAAAAAAAGCGCAUGCCAUUACACUAUGCAGCCCAGACAGGGAAUGUGUCCGCAGCGAGAGUCUUGUUAGAGAAAGGAUGUCAAGUCAAUGCUAAAGAUAUGGAUGGUCAAACUGCUUUACAUCAUGCGAUUCGGAGUGGCCAUCUCACACUUCCCCCAGUACUUCUUGAGAAUGGCGCAGAUGUUGACCUGGUAGAUCGAUAUGGGCAAACUUGUCUGCAUCUCAGUAUCAGAUAUAGACACGAGGAAUUCACAGAAUGGUUGAUAUCUCGGAAGACGGAUAUGAUAUUCGAGCGAGAUAAGUUCGGUUUCACCCCAUUGCAUCGUGCCUGCUUGAAUGGCACAACUAGUGAGGUACUUGAGCUACUUCGCCACGGGGCAGAUAUUUUGGAGAUGGAUUCGACAUUCCGGACUCCCCUUGAACAUGCUGUUAACGCUCGUAACCAUGACACCGUAAGACUAAUUCUGCAAUACCAGAACACGGAAAAUCACAGGACCCGGGAGUGGAUUCGAAGUGUGAACACAGUCCUACGUACUGCUAUUGCAAAAGGAUUUCCAGAGAUAGAGGCUAUUCUCAUGGAAGCUGGUGCUUGGAUUGCAGAUCAGUCAACGGAUCGGAUCGAGCGGUAUUAUAUCACCCAUGAUAUUCGAGAAGACAGAUGGCCAAUAGUGUUUUACACACACUGGGACCGAGGCUAUCAUGUCGACUCGUAUGAUCCCUCGACAGGUUCGGUGUGA